UUACGCUCUCUAUGGUGUAGCCGAGUUGGUGGCGGUAAGAAGAAAAAGGGUGACCGCACUGCGCAGGCGCCCUCGGCGUCUCUCUCGCUCUCUCGGUCUUUUUUUUUUUUUCUUUUUUUUUUUUUUUUUUAAUCCCCGCACCAAGCGCUUAACCUCAUUGGGGUGGAGGAGAAGGCGGCGGCUCUCUGGUCCGCAGAGGCAACAGUAACGAAAAACAGGGCUAAUGGACUGCUGAAUUAUGAAGUAUUUCAGACCCAAUAGUAGAACAUCACUCUGCCACUCACUCCUUUAUCUCCUACUAGUUAUUUAAAUUGGACUUUUAAUAUCCUACCAGCUGCUCUUCAGACACACAUGGUGCAUUGUUGCCAUUCCCCAGAUUGCAUCUUUGAAACACAGGCUCUUAGUAACCUUCAGCGAACAAAGAGGCAACCUCCCAGAUACGUCUGCUGGGAGGGAGUCAUCCUGACUGCCCUCUAGCUUUUGCUGGAUCUGGAUUUGAAUUCCACUAUGGAGCCUCGCAUGGAGUCCUGCCUGGCGCAGGUGUUGCAGAAGGAUGUGGGGAAACGAUUGCAGGUUGGCCAAGAACUGAUAGACUAUUUCUCAGACAAACAGAAGUCUGCUGACCUUGAGCAUGACCAGACCAUGUUAGAUAAACUUGUGGAUGGACUUGCUACCUCUUGGGUGAACUCUAGCAAUUACAAGGUGGUUCUGCUGGGCAUGGACAUCCUGUCCGCCCUGGUGACUCGGCUGCAGGAUCGGUUCAAGGCGCAGAUCGGCACAGUGCUGCCAAGUCUAAUAGACAGACUAGGAGAUGCUAAAGACUCUGUGAGGGAGCAGGACCAAACUCUGCUGCUAAAGAUCAUGGAUCAAGCUGCUAAUCCCCAGUACGUAUGGGACAGAAUGCUUGGAGGCUUCAAACACAAGAAUUUCCGUACUCGAGAAGGCAUCUGUCUCUGCCUUAUAGCAACACUCAAUGCCUCUGGAGCACAGACUUUAACACUAAGCAAGAUUGUGCCACAUAUAUGCAACUUACUUGGAGAUCCAAACAGCCAGGUUCGAGAUGCAGCAAUAAACAGCUUAGUGGAAAUUUACAGACAUGUAGGAGAACGUGUGAGGGCAGAUCUCAGUAAAAAAGGAUUGCCACAGUCCCGGUUGAAUGUAAUUUUUACAAAAUUUGAUGAAGUCCAGAAAUCUGGAAACAUGAUACAAUCUGCAAAUGAUAAAAAUUUCGACGAUGAAGAUUCUGUGGAUGGUAACAGACCUUCCUCUGCUAGUUCUACAUCAUCCAAGGCUCCACCAAGUUCUCGGAGAAACGUUGGAAUGGGAACUACCCGCCGGCUUGGUUCAUCCACCCUUGGAUCCAAGUCUUCAGCUGCAAAAGAAGGAGCUGGUGCUGUUGAUGAAGAGGAUUUUAUUAAAGCAUUUGAUGAUGUACCUGUAGUACAGAUUUAUUCCAGCCGAGACCUUGAGGAAUCCAUAAACAAAAUUAGGGAAAUAUUAUCUGAUGACAAGCACGAUUGGGAGCAGAGAGUAAAUGCUCUAAAAAAGAUUAGAUCUUUACUUUUGGCUGGUGCUGCUGAGUAUGAUAACUUCUUUCAACAUUUGCGUCUUUUGGAUGGAGCCUUUAAACUCUCUGCUAAGGAUCUGCGGUCUCAGGUAGUGCGGGAGGCUUGUAUCACGUUGGGGCAUCUGUCAUCAGUUCUGGGGAAUAAGUUUGACCAUGGAGCCGAAGCCAUUAUGCCAACUAUCUUUAAUUUAAUUCCAAACAGUGCCAAAAUUAUGGCCACAUCUGGUGUUGUAGCUGUUAGGUUAAUUAUUCGGCACACACACAUCCCUAGGUUAAUACCUGUCAUAACAAGCAACUGUACCUCUAAGUCUGUCGCAGUUAGAAGGCGCUGUUUUGAAUUUUUAGAUUUGCUUUUACAAGAAUGGCAGACACAUUCACUAGAACGACACAUAUCAGUAUUAGCUGAAACAAUAAAGAAGGGAAUACAUGAUGCUGAUUCCGAAGCAAGAAUAGAAGCCAGAAAAUGUUACUGGGGUUUCCACAGUCACUUCAGCAGAGAAGCAGAGCACUUAUACCACACCUUGGAGUCCUCCUACCAGAAAGCCCUGCAGUCCCACCUGAAGAACUCAGACAGCAUAGUGUCUCUGCCUCAGUCAGACCGCUCGUCUUCCAGCUCUCAAGAGAGUCUAAAUCGUCCACUGUCUGCCAAAAGAAGUCCUACUGGAAGUACCACAUCUAGAGCUUCUACAGUUAGUACCAAAUCUGUGUCAACGACUGGGUCCCUCCAGCGAUCUCGAAGUGAUAUUGAUGUGAACGCAGCAGCCAGUGCCAAAUCCAAAGUCUCCUCCUCUUCGGGCACGACGCCUUUCAGCUCUGCAGCGGCUUUGCCUCCGGGGUCAUACGCAUCCUUAGAGUCCAGACACAUGAGGGAAGACAUGGAAUACAUAGGCCUGGACUCAGGUCGGAUCCGCACAAGGCGGCAAAGCUCUGGGAGUGCCACCAACGUCGCCUCUACACCUGAUAACCGGGGCCGCAGUCGCGCUAAAGUGGUUUCACAGUCCCAGCCUGGCAGCCGGUCAAGUUCCCCAGGAAAAUUGUUGGGAAGUGGUUAUGGUGGACUUACUGGGGGCUCCUCACGAGGCCCACCUGUGACACCGUCUUCAGAAAAGCGAAGCAAGAUUCCCAGGAGCCAGGGAUGUAGCCGGGAAACAAGUCCAAACCGAAUAGGAUUAGAUCGGUUUGGGCUUGGCCAGCCAGGAAGAAUACCUGGUUCUGUGAAUGCCAUGAGAGUUCUGAGCACAAGUACAGAUCUUGAAGCUGCUGUUGCCGAUGCUUUGCUGUUAGGAGACUCCAGGAGCAAGAAGAAGCCUGUGAGGAGGAGAUAUGAGCCGUAUGGGAUGUAUUCUGACGAUGAUGCCAACAGUGAUGCCUCAAGUGUUUGCUCUGAGCGCUCAUAUGGCUCCAGGAAUGGUGGCAUUCCCCAUUAUCUGCGGCAGACUGAGGAUGUAGCAGAAGUUCUCAACCACUGUGCUAGUUCAAACUGGUCAGAAAGGAAAGAAGGGCUUCUGGGCCUGCAGAACUUACUGAAGAGCCAAAGAACACUGAGUCGAGUUGAACUGAAAAGGUUGUGUGAGAUCUUCACUCGGAUGUUUGCUGACCCUCAUAGCAAGGUUUUCAGUAUGUUUUUGGAGACUCUUGUGGAUUUUAUAAUAAUUCAUAAGGAUGAUUUACAAGACUGGCUUUUUGUUCUUCUCACACAAUUACUUAAGAAAAUGGGAGCAGAUUUACUUGGAUCUGUGCAAGCAAAAGUUCAAAAGGCUCUAGAUGUCACAAGGGACUCCUUUCCAUUUGAUCAACAGUUUAACAUUUUGAUGAGAUUUAUUGUGGAUCAAACUCAAACUCCAAACCUCAAGGUCAAAGUUGCAAUCCUGAAAUACAUUGAGUCUCUGGCCAGACAGAUGGAUCCAACAGAUUUUGUAAACUCUAGUGAGACAAGACUUGCUGUUUCUAGAAUCAUAACCUGGACAACAGAACCAAAGAGUUCAGACGUGAGAAAGGCAGCACAGAUUGUGCUAAUCUCUCUGUUUGAAUUGAAUACUCCUGAAUUUACCAUGUUACUUGGUGCCUUGCCAAAAACAUUCCAGGAUGGUGCCACCAAACUCCUGCACAACCACCUCAAGAAUUCCAGUAAUACCAGUGUGGGCUCUCCAAGCAAUACCAUUGGCCGGACGCCCUCCCGACACACCAGCAGCAGGACCAGCCCCCUGACCUCACCCACCAACUGUUCCCAUGGGGGUCUGUCUCCAAGCAUGCUGGACUAUGAUACAGAGAACCUGAACUCUGAAGAAAUCUAUAGUUCUCUACGUGGAGUUACAGAAGCCAUUGAAAAGUUUAGUUUUCGAAGCCAAGAAGAUCUGAAUGAGCCAAUUAAACGAGAUGGCAAAAAGGAGUGUGAUAUUGUGUCCCGCGAUGGGGGUGCUGCCUCCCCUGCCACCGAGGGCUGGGCAGGUAGUGAGGUAGAAGGAGGCCGGACAGCUCUGGAUAACAAGACCUCACUACUCAACACCCAGCCUCCGCGUGCCUUCCCAGGGCCGCGGGCGCGAGACUACAACCCGUACCCCUACUCAGAUGCCAUCAACACCUACGACAAGACCGCCCUGAAAGAGGCUGUGUUCGAUGACGACAUGGAGCAGCUUCGAGACGUUGAAUAUUCAGAGUUGAGGUUUCUUAAAAGAACAUGGAGGAGAAAGGAUGUGCCUUUCUGCCAUAGAAACCGUGUUCACAGCCCUGCAGUGCCCAUCGACCAUUCUGACCUGGUGGCUGACCUUCUGAAAGAGCUGUCCAACCACAACGAGCGAGUGGAGGAACGGAAGGGAGCCCUGCUGGAGCUGCUCAAGAUCACACGGGAAGACAGCCUCGGUGUCUGGGAGGAGCACUUCAAGACCAUUCUGCUCCUGCUGCUGGAGACCCUUGGAGACAAAGACCAUUCAAUUCGAGCACUGGCGUUGAGAGUUUUGAGGGAAAUUCUGAGAAAUCAACCAGCGAGAUUUAAAAACUACGCCGAGCUGACGAUUAUGAAGACUCUGGAAGCCCACAAAGACUCCCAUAAGGAGGUGGUGAGAGCGGCUGAGGAGGCUGCGUCCACACUAGCCAGUUCCAUCCACCCGGAGCAGUGCAUCAAGGUGCUCUGCCCCAUCAUCCAGACGGCCGACUACCCCAUCAACCUUGCUGCCAUCAAGAUGCAGACCAAAGUCGUCGAGAGGAUCGCAAAGGAGUCAUUGCUGCAGCUCCUCGUCGACAUCAUCCCAGGCUUACUGCAGGGUUACGACAACACCGAAAGUAGUGUUCGUAAGGCCAGUGUGUUUUGCUUAGUGGCAAUUUAUUCCGUAAUCGGAGAAGACCUGAAACCUCACCUUGCACAGCUCACAGGGAGCAAGAUGAAGCUACUAAACUUAUAUAUAAAGAGGGCCCAGACCACCAACAGCAACAGCAGCUCCUCCUCCGAUGUCUCCACGCACAGCUAAUGGCAGUACCUGUCUCUUGUGUAGACCUAGAAGCAAUCGGUGGUGCCUCUCAGAGACCUUUCCCCACCCCCUUCAUCGGCUGCCCAGUCAGUACAAGGAGGCCCACAAAUAUUUAUUACAAUCAGUAUUUUGGUCCCUUCCAGCUUUUCUGUAGAAUCUUACUGGUAUUGAAUGUAAAGGAAGCAAGGCCUGUAUUGCAGUCUUCAUACAAAACAAAAGGAAUAAGAACAGAAAAGAGCCAUACUGAAACAUGUCUUGUACAGCCUGCUGAGAUGGCGAAACCAUGUGUGUGGGGUGCAGUUUUUAAAAAUCAGAGCGCUCUAGCCACUACUUGGUAGAAACUAGCAUUUUUUUUCAGUUAAUAACAUAUUUGGGGGUGGGGUGGGGUGUUACUUUGUGUUCCUCCUCCUUAGCCUAUUUUCUUGUGAGUAUGGUCUGUGUGGGGCCCCUUUCACAGCUGACACCAUGAAAGGUGAUAUAUCUUUAAGUUGUGUUCUGAGACCUGCUAAAAAUGGGAAUCAAGUCUUGGCAAGAACAGUCUGAAGAUGGCUUUUAACAAACGCUGGGAAUUUUGCUUGUCAUAUCCAGACUGGAGGCCGACUGCCCUGGCUUUCAGCGUAGAAUUGGGAGUGCACCCCAACAGUCUCCUUCCAGCCCUCCCUAAUCGACUCCACUGACAAGGUCCCUACCCCAGAACUUCCAUGCAAAGGAAUUCUUCAAGUUUAAAUCUGGACACAAAAAUAAGAUAAAUGUAUGGCAUCAUUUAGGGAUGCCUGAGAUGGCAGUUCAUGAAGCACAGAAGAUAAAGAAGUCUUUCAUCUUUACUGCUGAGAUCCUUGGGAACACUGUUGUCAUGGGGGUUCUGCCAAGACCCUCAUGUCUGGGCUACAUGGUGAUUCAGAUUUAGCACCAACUUCUUUCCUCUCCUCGAAGUUCUGCCUAAGCCGUUCAGUUCUAACAUGGUCUCAAUUAAUCUGGUAAAUGGCAUCUUUACCAUCUUAGUUCUGACUUCUCCGUUUAAUGUGGGAUUAAGAGCCAAGAAAAGCCUAGAGAGACUGGAUAUCACAAUUUUUUUUUAAUUUUAUAAACUGAAGUAGUUCCUUGAAUGUCUGUUGAUGAAAUAGUCAUUAUUUAAGGAAAAAGUAAUUAUGAGGUGUAGCAGAUUGCAGAAAACAGGAUUAGAAACACACUUAAAAAGAACACAUAUUUAGAGUCUCUCUUCCUCCUCAAGGAACCACUAGGCCCCCUUUUUAAAAACACCUUUAGAGCCUAAUUACUCCAAUAAAAGUAACUAGAGGUUUGGAGUCUGGUUAAAUAAAUUCUGAGUAAAAUUCUUAAGCCAAAUGGAAAUUCUUAAUGCAAUCAUGAGGACUUCUAUUGUCUCUUACCGUUGUAUUAGAUCCUAUAAAUUGAACUGAUUUUUCCAUAAGGAAAAUGCUUCUGUUGAGAUUAAUUCUAAUAACGUAUUUGCUAUUCCAGUGCAGAGCCCACUGCAACUGCUAGGACUGAAAGCAGAGGCUGGGUGCCAGAGCACGUGAUUCUUACCAUCAUUUCCACAGACCCCUCUGCCCUGACCCUCUGGAUUGGAUGCAGGAAGCUGGGAAAGACUGAUGUAUUUGGAAACAUGCGCUGAAAAUGAAGGCCCCAUAGUGUAUAGGAACAGUAAAGCAAGGGUGCUGACCUGUGUGUGUGUGUGUGUGUGUGUGUGUGUGUGUGUGCUGUGUGGUGUGUGUGUGUUUGUGCGUGCACCCUACACAUGUGUGGUACCUCACUGCUGCUGUUUAGGGGACUUGAGGGAUGCGUUUCAAGGGGUUGGGUAUUACUGACUAGCUUUGGCUCAAAAUAUAGCAGGACCAGGUCUUUUGCUGAUAAAUACUGUUUGUUUAUUAAUAUGUCAUUAAUGGUAUUUCUUUUUUACACUCUACAAGUGAAUUAGGGAGUCUCUUGUUGACCCCUCUGUUGUAGGAAUGUGCGUCGGGCUAGGUUAUCCAUGAGUUUCUUUAUUCCUAAUGCAGUUAGAAAGACCUUUCUUCUUGAGCUCUUUGACUCCCAGAAGGUCCCCCAGUCCCCAGUGUACUUAGAAAGGAUCUCGAACAUUGCUGGACGUCCCCAUAGUACUCACAAAGGGCUAGCCUUGAAUGUCACUCGCCCAGUCUUCAGUCUCCUGACUUAGAGAGAGAUACAAUCACGUCACAGGUCUCUUGGCCUCAAUCUGAAAACUGCUGCCGCCGCGCCGAGGAGACUCGCAUGCCGCCACCACCUCACUGGGAGGGCGCCGAGCCCACCGUCGCCCCCUAGACCCUGACAGCUGCAGCUGCCUUGCCUUGCCGCCGCCUCCCUGCAGGGCCCCUGUUCCAAUGAAAAACAGAACACAAAAGAGCAGAGCACCUAAGCCUGUCUCUGCCUCCCUGUCUACCUGACUGGCCAGGGGCCGAGACCCCUGCUGCUCCUCUGCGGGGCUGGGCGGGCUGACUCCCUGCUUCCUCCAAGCUGCUGCCUCCCCUGCAGCCAGGGUCUGGGCAGGGUGCAGCCGGUCCUCGGGGCACGCAGCUUCCUUCAAGUGCACUGUGUGUGCUUCCCGGACCUGCGGCGAUGCCACGGGCCUGCCUUUUCUAUGCGCCUCACUAGCUUACCACCCUGUGCAGGUAAUGCAACUGACUUUGUCUCAUCAGUCUUUUUCUUUCCCUGCCACCCUUUAUUUAUCAAGCAUAAUGUUACACUUUAAAGGACAGCAAAUAAGAACUUUGUAGAAUCCCACCAGGACUUUGCUAACAAUAAUGUUUGGAAAUACAUAAAUGCUCUGAAAAAAUAUCAGCCACCAAAAUAGUUUUGUUGGCACUGUGUUCACACGCAUGGUCCCCACACCCCCAGGUUGGGUGGGUUUUUUUGUUUUUUGGGUUUUUUUUGGGGGCUUUUUCAUGUUACAUCCAUAUCUGUAUUUAUAUCUUAUUUGUUUCACUUUCAAGUGUAUCAUGGCAAAUGUACAGAUUUUUUUUGUUAAUAAUGUGCUAGGAUUUGCUAAAAAAGAAAACAAAAAAAAAACCCUUUUGAGUUUGCCCUAGAAUAAAUGAGACUUAAUUCAA